CAUUGCCCCCCUCUGACUUUGACGGGACCUCUGCAUGACGCGGCUGAAACAAGGGGGCAACACUUGAGCUCCCAGGCGUAGCGGUGCGGGACAGUUCAGAAGAGCAGAGAGGAGAGGAGCAGUGCGGGGAGAGAGAGACGGAGCUCACCCGUCAACCAGCUGGAGGAACCAACACUUACAAACCCCCUUAUGGCUGCUUGAGACGUACCGAUACACCCCCCCUCCCCCUUUUUUCUCUCUUUCUCUGGGACUUCUUUGGACUUCUACUUUUUUUUUUUUUUUUUUUUUUUGUUUUUGCUUUUUUUUUUUUCUCUCUCUUUCUCGUCCUGACAAGAAGUUAUAGCAAGUUAAGUUGCUCUUAGUUGAGAAGUGAAUCCACUUGCCGUGGACGGCGCAAGGCGGUCAUGGAUACCCAUAUAAGAUGGAAAGAUAAACGGAGAAUAAGGGACGCCCAGAUCACUUUAGCGGUGAUUCUGCUUUUUGUCACGUCGCGUGCAAGUUCAGCGGAACCAGCAGACCUCUUGAAGAUUUUAGAUUUUCACAAUUUACCUGAGGGUGUUACAAAAACAACGGGUUUCUGCUCACAUCGGAGGUCGACACAAGGACCUGAUGUGGCGUACAAAGUAUCCAAAGACGCCCAGCUCAGUGCCCCCACCAAACAGCUUUACCCAGGUGAUGCCUUCCCUGAGGAUUUCUCCAUCUUGGCCACAGUAAAACCCAAGAAGGGCAGCCAGUCCUUCCUGCUGUCCGUGUACAAUGAGCAGGGCAUCCAGCAGCUCGGACUGGAAGUGGGCCGAUCCCCCGUAUUCCUUUACGAGGACCAAACAGGCAAACCCAGCCCAGAGGACUACCCGCUCUUCAGAGGAGUCAACCUGGCUGAUGGAAAGUGGCAUCGAGUGGCAAUCAGCGUGUACCAACAGACCAUCACCCUCAUUCUGGACUGUAAAAAGAAGAUCAACCAGAAGCUGCUUCGAAGCCCCAACCCCAUCAUUGAUACCAAAGGAAUUAUAGUGUUUGGAACUAGAAUACUUGAUGAAGAAGUCUUUGAGGGAGACAUCCAGCAGCUAAUGAUUGUAGCAGACCACCGGGCUGCCUAUGACUACUGUGAGCACUACAGCCCCGAUUGUGAAGUGCCAGUGCCUGACCGGCCGCAGAACCAGGACCCCAACACGGAGGACGAUGUCGCAGAGGAGGACAACUACUACUACGAAUAUCCCUAUUAUGAUGACCUGGAAGGCAAGCCAUAUGAUUCAACUUCCGAAAAAGAGACGACCUUUAAAGAAGUCAAGAGGACGGAAGGAGACAGUGUGGUGACCACAGUGGAGAAAGUUCUCAGGGGCGGUUCAGGCUCUACGUCCGUUUCCACCGGCUCGACUUCCUCCAGCUCAUCCUCCAGCAGCUCGUCCGCCGGCGCCGGAGGGGAAGACGCCUACGGGGACGUGAACAACGCUUACGACUACGGCGGCUACGGCGACACCAACUACUACUACGGCGAGUCCACCGCCACGCCCGACAGCGACACCUCUCGGCAGGUCACCGUCACCAGCGUCGGCACCGGGGGCGAAUUGGACCUCGGAGCAGUGGGACGGAUCGAUCUGGCAGGCGGGGCCGGAGUGGAUAGGAAGGUGAUCACCAGUGGAGGUGGAUCUACGAUAACAGUCACCCACAACGCGUCUGCCGGGACAUCCUACAGCGACUACGGCAAUGGCUACGACUACGGUGUCGACAACUACUACACAGAGGGAGAUGUUGGAGGCAGCAGCAGCUCAGUUGUCAUCAGUGGUGGAGGAGGAAGCAGCAGCAGUAGCACAGUUCUGGGUGGAGGCGGCGAUGGCAGCAGCAGUACAGUUGUAGUCAGUGGCGGAGGCAGCAGCAGCAGCAGCAGCAGCAGCAGCAGCAGCAGCAGCAGCAGCAGCUCUACAAUCAACAUUGGGAGCGGGUCAGCUGGAGGAGGAUCUGUGUCUGUCGGUGGCGGUUCCGUAUCCGUGGGAGGAUCUUCGACCUCUGGCGGAGGCUCGGCGUCUGCCGGCGCCGGAGCCGGCGGGGCCGCUGUGACCGACCUGACCAUCGACGGAGUCGAUGACUACACAGGUCUUGACAAGUUUAAGGAGGAGGACGUCGUCGACUACGGAGAUUUAGACAACUACGACGUCUAUGGAGACUACACUGACAAAGUGCUGCCUGCUGAGACCGACGAGUACUUUGGCCAGGUUGACGGAGCUCGUGGUGAGAAAGGACAGAAGGGAGAACCUGCUGUUAUUGAGCCUGGUAUGCUAAUGGAGGGUCCUCCUGGGCCUGAAGGGCCAACAGGUCUCCCUGGACCCCCAGGUUCUUCUGGCCCACCGGGCAGUCCUGGAGAUUCUGGAGAGAGGGGUCCUCCGGGUCGCCCUGGCCUUCCUGGUGCUGAUGGUCUGCCAGGACCCCCUGGAACUGUCCUGAUGCUGCCCUUCAGAUUAAGCGCUGGAGGGGACUCUGGGCAGAAGGGACCAGCUGUUUCAGCACAGGAGGCCCAGAUGCAAGCCAUCAUGCAGCAGGCCAGGCUGGCGAUGCGCGGCCCGACAGGUCCAAUGGGUUUGACUGGCCGACCUGGCCCUCUGGGUCCACCCGGUGCACCAGGACUGAAGGGAGAGUCUGGAGAGGCGGGACCUCAGGGGCCGCGUGGACCUUUGGGAUCAGCCGGACCCACUGGAAAGCCUGGCAGACGGGGUCGUUCUGGAGCAGAUGGCGCCAGAGGAAUGCCAGGACAGACUGGGCCGAAGGGAGACAGAGGCUUUGACGGCCUAGCUGGACUUCCUGGUGAAAAGGGACACAGGGGAGAACCAGGCCCCUCAGGACCUCCCGGUGCUCCUGGCGAAGAUGGAGAGAGGGGGGAUGACGGAGAGAUCGGACCCAGGGGACUUCCCGGUGAACCAGGACCUCGUGGUUUGCUGGGACCAAAGGGACCUCAGGGACCUCCUGGACCACCUGGAGUUGCUGGAAUGGAUGGCCACCCUGGACCCAAAGGAAAUAUAGGACCUCAGGGAGAGCCAGGCCCCCCUGGACAGCAAGGCAACCCCGGUGCUCAGGGACUCCCGGGGCCGCAAGGAGCAAUUGGACCUCCAGGAGAGAAGGGUCCAACUGGAAAGCCUGGAUUGCCGGGAAUGCCGGGAGCUGACGGCCCUCCGGGUCAUCCUGGCAAAGAGGGCCCGACUGGGGAGAAAGGACACAUGGGCCCUGCUGGACCUCAAGGCCCCAUUGGUUAUCCUGGACCUCGAGGUGUAAAAGGAGCUGAUGGCGUCCGCGGCCUCAAGGGAACCAAGGGUGAAAAGGGGGAGGACGGAUUCCCUGGCUUCAAGGGAGACAUGGGCAUAAAGGGCGACAGGGGAGAACUUGGACCAGCGGGACCCAGAGGAGAGGAUGGCCCAGAAGGGCCAAAGGGUCGCUCCGGGCUCCCUGGAGAUGCUGGUCCGCUCGGCCCCACUGGUGAGAAGGGUAAACUCGGAGUUCCCGGAUUGCCAGGCUACCCAGGAAGACAAGGACCAAAGGGAUCUCAGGGCUUCCAAGGCUUCCCUGGCGCCAACGGAGAGAAGGGCUCCCGGGGCACAGGGGGAAAGCCAGGCCCACGCGGACAGAGAGGACCAACGGGGCCGAGAGGAGAGAGAGGGCCGAGGGGACCGACGGGGAAAGCUGGACCAAAAGGUAACUCAGGAAACGACGGCCCACCAGGACCUCCCGGAGAGAGGGGUUUGCCAGGGCCUCAGGGACCAACAGGUUUUCCAGGACCAAAGGGCCCUCCUGGACCCGCAGGGAAAGACGGACUGCCUGGACAUCCUGGACAGAGAGGAGAGACUGGAUUCCAAGGCAAGACAGGCCCUCCUGGUCCUCCAGGUGUGGUUGGACCUCAGGGACCAACAGGUGAAACUGGGCCAAUGGGAGAUCGAGGUCACCCGGGACCCCCAGGUCCGCCUGGUGAGCACGGUCUGCCUGGAGCUGCAGGGAAAGAAGGAGCUAAGGGUGACCCCGGUCCUGCUGGCCCAACUGGUAAAGACGGCCCUCCUGGACAAAGAGGCUUCCCCGGAGAGAGAGGUCUGCCAGGCCCUGUGGGGGCUCAUGGUCUGAAAGGGAAUGAGGGUCCUCAAGGUCCACCUGGACCUGCUGGUUCUCCUGGUGAGCGGGGUCCGGCCGGCCCAGCCGGACCUACAGGCCCACCUGGACGUUCUGGCCCACAGGGACCACCAGGCCCUGCUGGAGAGAAAGGUGGACCGGGAGAAAAAGGUCCUCAGGGCCCAGCCGGAAGAGACGGUAUUCAGGGACCUGUGGGUCUACCAGGACCUGGAGGGCCACCGGGGCCACCCGGAGAGGACGGAGACAAGGGAGAGCUUGGAGAACCAGGACAGAAAGGAAGUAAAGGUGACAAAGGAGAACAUGGUCCUCCAGGUCCUACGGGCCCUCAAGGCCCUGUCGGAGCACCAGGUCCUGCUGGUGCAGAUGGAGAGCCAGGUCCCAGAGGUCAGCAGGGCAUGUUCGGCCAGAAGGGAGAUGAAGGGUCGAGAGGUUUCCCAGGACCUCCAGGCCCAGUUGGGCUGCAGGGCUUGCCUGGUCCACCUGGUGAGAAAGGUGAAACGGGAGACGUCGGUCAAAUGGGUCCACCCGGUCCUCCUGGUCCCAGGGGUCCUUCAGGUGCCCCUGGUGCCGACGGUCCUCAGGGACCGCCUGGUGGUGUCGGAAACCCUGGUGCUGUUGGAGAAAAGGGAGAUGCCGGUGAGACGGGAGAGCCGGGACUUCAAGGGGAAGUUGGUCCGCCGGGUCCAAGAGGAGAGCGUGGAGAGAAGGGAGAGGGUGGUCCAGCUGGUGCUGCGGGACCUCCUGGCCCUAAAGGUCCACCUGGAGAUGACGGCCCUAAGGGCAGCCCUGGUCCGAGUGGCUUCCCUGGAGACCCUGGACCCCCUGGAGAGCCCGGUCCAGCUGGUUUGGAUGGCCCAGCUGGUGAUAAGGGAGACGACGGAGAGGCCGGGCAACCUGGUUCACCUGGACCCACUGGGGAGUCUGGUCCCUCUGGACCACCCGGAAAGAGAGGGCCUCCUGGUGCACUGGGGCCUGAGGGAAGACAAGGAGAGAAAGGGGCCAAGGGAGAGCCAGGAAUUGAAGGACCCCAAGGAAAAACAGGCCCUGUGGGCCCUCAGGGAUCACCUGGAAAGCCUGGUUCAGAAGGACUUAGGGGUAUCCCUGGCGCAGUUGGCGAGCAAGGACUGCCUGGCUCCCCAGGUCCAGAUGGACCUCCUGGACCGAUGGGCCCUCCUGGUUUGCCUGGUUUGAAAGGAGACACUGGUGUUAAAGGAGAGAAAGGCCAUCCGGGUCUCAUUGGUCUGAUUGGACCCCCAGGUGAACAGGGCGAAAAGGGUGACAGAGGUCUUCCCGGCCCUCCAGGAUCGUCCGGUCCCAAAGGAGACAACGGUAUCGCUGGUCCUACAGGUCCCCUAGGUCCAGUUGGACCUCCUGGCUUACCUGGUCCCCCAGGUCCCAAAGGAGCCAAAGGGUCGUCUGGUCAAACAGGUCCAAAAGGAGAGACUGGAACCCCUGGUCUUCCUGGCCCCCCUGGCCCUCCCGGUGACGUCAUCCACCCGCUCCCCAUCGUCUCUCCCGUUAAGGGCAGAACACGUAGGAACAUCGACGCCAGCCAGAUGGUGGACGACGCCGCCAUGGAUGCCAACUACAAGGACUACGACGACGGCAUGGAGGAGAUCUUCGGGUCGCUCAACUCGCUGAAGCUGGAGAUCGAGCAGAUGAAGCACCCGCUGGGCACGCAGAGCAACCCGGCUCGCACCUGCAAGGACCUGCAGCUGUGCCACCCUGAUUUCCCCGAUGGUUCGUGUGAUGUUCCGUUUCAUACGCAGGGCCCUUCUGCUCCGCUCUUCAUAACUCGCUCUCGAAUCAUUAAUAAUGCAGCAGCAGCCGCCAAAGAGAAAUGUUUAAGACAACAGAGCGCAGAUGAACGGGACGUCGAGUUCCGUUACGGAUACCGAUGUCUCAUGUUUCUGUACGCUCUGAAUGCCGCAGAAGAUUUCUGUCGAAUCUGUUUCCUCUCUUUAACACCUCUCUUCCCCACCCUUCCUCUGCCUUCUUUUGUUGAUCCGUGCCCCCAGGCUAGGCUCACAUCCUGGGUAAAGGAGACUGCCGGUUCCUGGUUCAGUGAAUUCAAACGUGGUAAACUGCUUUCCUACGUGGACGCCGAGGGCAACCCCAUCGGCGUCGUCCAGAUGACCUUCCUGCGGCUCCUGAGCGCGGCGGCCCGGCAGAACAUAACGUACAACUGCUACCACUCGGUGGCGUGGCACGACCAGGAGCAGGACAAUUACGACAAGGCCAUCCGCUUCCUGGGAUCCAACGAUGAGGAGAUGUCGUACGACAACAACCCCUACAUCCGCGCCGUGGUCGAUGGCUGCGCGCUGAAAAAGAGCUACGAAAAGACAGUACUGGAGAUCAACACUCCGAAGGUGGAGCAGGUGCCUUUUGUGGACAUCAUGUUCAACGAUUUUGGCGGCUCCACGCAGAAGUUCGGAUUCGAAGUGGGGCCCGUCUGCUUCAUCGGCUGAGACCUUUUACCGAGCAAAUGGAGGAAGAAGACGAAAAAAAAAAAAAGAAAAGAAAAACCUACUUUUGUUUUCUCAGAAAGAAAAAAAAAGACAAAUAAUUGAAAAAUAAUAGGACGAUGCUAUUUGUAAAAAAAAAAAACUGUUUCCACAAAGCGACACGAGUCAAGCAUAAUUACGUCAGAAAUACAGCGAAAAUCUAAAGGAAUAGAGAAAAAUAACCUUGAAACCUCAGUGUGCCUUCUUUUAUCACAUGCAAGUUUUGAAACUGGAGUUUGCGUCCUUCCUCCCACACACACACACACACGCACACGCACACACAUGCCCACACACACUCACGCCGCCUCCCCUGCCCGAGUCCCCCGCCCCACGUCAUCGCAUUUGAUUUCGAUUCUUUUGGUCUGAAACAACGAAGGCGACCCUGAGAGCUGCAGCCGUUCCAGACGGUCGCAGCGUUGCCCACGGACACCAUCCCAUUUGGCUCUGUUUUGAUCUCAUCCCUGAAACUACCCGCCCCACAGCCCCUCCACCCACCUCCGCCCUUUUUCCUCCCUGCCUUUUGCCACCUUCUCUGUUCUUGAUUUUGUUUUCCUGUUUGUGCAUAAGUGUCUCCCCAUUCUCUUUGGAAUGGACCUUAUAUAUUUAUAUACCUAUAAAUAUAUGUAAGUGAUUUUUCUUUCUUUUUUUUUGUUAAAUGUUUGUAAGUUUGUAAGUAUUUUUUUUUUCUCUCCUGGUAAUGUUUAUUGCUUCUGGCUUCAAAACAUGCAUGUGACUGUACUAAUUGUGAGGUAGACGAACGAGAAAACAUCUAAAAUCAUACACACGCAUCCAAAACGAGGAUAGAAGAGAAAAAAAGAAAGAAAAAAACGCAAUUGGAAGUUCUGUCUUUGUAGAGCACACUUUUAUUUUUUAUUUUAUUUUAUUAUUUUUAUAAUUUAAGAACAGAUUGGAAAUAAAAGACUAAAAAAUAUGUUCUGUGAUAUAAAGUACAAUACAUUCCCUCAUUUUGUACCCUCUGAACAAAAGCCCCACUCUGGUGGAAAUGUAAUUAAGUUAAUAAACUGCUUCUGUACUUUUUUGCUGAAAUAUUCAUCUUACUGUGCAGUGGAAGGUAACGAAUGGAGAAAAAAAAAAAAAAGAAAUCAAAACCUAGGUGCUAUUUCUCUCCUCUGUGGUGCUAUGUAUGUUUUUCAAGUUUGUGUCUGAAGAAAAACAAAUAUCUAAGAGAAAAAAAAAUCGUGUGGCGAUAACAGCCCACGUUGCUCGACAGCGCCCCCUCCCUGUACGCUGAAUCGAUUCACGACACGGAUCUCUGCUGCAGCCGCUUCCCUCUGUUAAGGUUCCCGCGUGCCGUUUCUCUGUCGCCGCCGCCGCCUCCUCAGUGGACCGCACAGAUCAGAAAUGGCCUGUGCCAAAUAUUUGGAAAGACGAGAGGAAAAGAACGCCCUCGCCCCCCGAAACACACACAUUCCCCCUUUCUCAUUUUGGUUUUACGUACAGAUCACCUGCUCCGAAUCGGUCUGGUAGAGUUGGCAAAAUGGACAUAAUGGGUCAAAAGGGAUUUAUUGCACCCUAUCCAAAGGAUUUUCACUUAAAUAUUUAGCUUUACGUGACUCGGAGUCAUGGUCGUAUGAGACAACUUGAAAAGUCACCAAAUUAGCCUUUUUAGUUUAUUUUUAUUUUUUUAGAGAAUAUUGCUCAUGCAGUGUUGGUUUUCUUCAUGUCUCAUUGCUUUUUUUUUUUUUUUUUUUUUGUUCAAACUAUGCACUCUUUAUGCUUGUGACCACUAGUAUCUACCACAGAAUUUUUACAGCUCUCUAUACAUAGGUUCGUUUUGUUUCCUUUUUUUCAGAAAAAAAAAUUAAUAAAUAGAAAAGAAAAAAAAUCUUUAGGUGACUUGAAUCCUUGCUGUUUAGGAUAACUCCAUAUGCUUGUAGAUCUUCGGCUCUAUUCUUCACGGUGUUGCAGCACAUCCAACAUUUAUGGCUUUUCCUCUCAAAAGAACCGGACGAAAAGAUAGGGAUGAAAAACAAAUAAACAAACAACAAUACAAAUUUUAUUUUGUAAAUUUCCAGAACCAGCAUCGAUGCUGUCGUUGCUAUGUUUUUAUUUUGUAGAUUUCCAUUUGUAAUGUCUUUUAUGUUUUUGUUUUUUUUCCUUUUUUGGUUGUUUUUUUUUCACAGUCUUGUCAAAAAAGAAAAGAAACGAUAAAAAAAAAAAACCUGUGUUUUUAAGGGUGGAGAGAAUAGAGGAUCAUAUUGUUUUUUUUGUGUCAAUAAAUUCAAGUUUACUGUG